AUGGAAGGACGAGAAGAAGGUGGUGGGAGAGGUGCUUGCGGGAAUGGAAAUUCCCAGAAUAACCCUCCCCUAUACCGUUCCGGUCCGCCAUUAACAGCCAUAGACAGGUUCUUGUAUGGGCAGAGCCAUUUCUCUCAGCAACAGGCUCAGAACUAUGCAAAAAACAAAGAAGUGCUUGUUUCAGAUAACGGUUUGUUCAGCCUUGUUGAUGGGUUUUUUGUGGAUGGAGAGCCUCUGAAUUGGAUGCAUGAGAGAAACCCUAAUAUGGUUUUCAAAGAAGAAGUGAAAGCGGUGAAGAAGAACUCUAAAAGUGUGGGAAAGAAAGCUAAAAAAGGCUCGUCUGAAGCUUUGAUCAAGGGGCAAUGGACAGAUGAGGAGGAUAGGACACUAAUCAGGUUGGUGAAGCAAUAUGGAGUGAGGAAAUGGGCACAGAUAGCUGAGAAGUUGGCUGGAAGAGCUGGCAAGCAGUGUCGGGAGAGAUGGCACAAUCAUUUACGCCCAGAUAUCAAGAAGGAUAGCUGGAGUGAGGAGGAGGAGAGGGUAUUAGUUGAAGCUCAUGAGAAGGUUGGGAACAGAUGGGCGGAGAUCGCUAAGUUCAUUCCAGGAAGAACAGAAAAUGCAAUAAAGAACCAUUGGAAUGCCACGAAAAGAAGGCAGAAUUCAAGGAGAAAGAACAAGCAGACAGAUCGUCAAAAGGGAAAGCCCCAGUCUUCUGUUCUUCAAGACUACAUCAGAAGCAAAACGCUCAACAACAACAACACUUGCACCCCCACCACCACCAGUAACACUUCCACCCUCAGUAACACUUCCACCCUCUCCGAAGAGCUUCUUGACUCUCCCACAUUGAACAUUUCUCAAACGUAUGACGAUGAACUGCUCUUCAUGCAAAACUUCUUUGCAAACCAGCCGCAUGUUGACAACAUUAAUCAACCCGAGACAUUUUAUGUUGUUGAAAACAAUGGUGGUCAGCUGCUGACUGAUCCUGAUGUUGUCGAGUGUUCAAGCUUUCAGACGGCCAACAACAACGUUAACCUCCAAACAAAAGAGACCCACCUGUAUUCUGACCUCUACCUGUCUUACCUGCUGAAUGGGGGCGCUGCCGCCAAUGAUUACAGCUACGAGUCGAACGACAUGAACAUGGAGUUGCUGCUGACAGAUCAUCAAGCUUACUCCUCUAAUGCAAAGAAAGAGAUGGAUUUGAUAGAGUUGGUCUCAUCAAAUUCUCAGUUCUCUCAGGGCAGUAACAGCAGCUUCUUUGUAGGUUAA